UUUCUCAAGCUUUUGAUGAAAUAACUGCAACUGCUAUUGCUAAUUCUAAUAGUUUCAAUUCCGAGAGGGAUUUUCCUGAUAUGUUUACUUGUUUGUUAGUAUUACUGGGUCAGCUGAACCAACUGUGGUAUUCUUAAUCCAAUAUCACAAACUCCCCAGAGAAGUUCAAGUCUACACUGAUAAAAAAAAAAAACCAGUGUGAAUUGGUGUCCGUAAACAAAUCAAGCCGCCUGUUUUUGAGUUUGCGAAAGGUCUGUGGAUACUUAAAAGUGGAUUUGAAUCUGUCAGGAGCCGUUUGAGGAUAGAGGGAAAUAUCAGAGAUUUGAUGAUCGAUGACAGCUCACUGCCAAGCCUGUAGAGAACCUGACGAUGCACACACACACGUGGGAAGAAAGCUCUGACUCUGUCCACAGCGCACUGAUAAAGGAGAGGUCCGGUGCGAGCAUCCGACCCAGCACAGAAUCACACAGCCGACAGAACUGCAGAGAGUCUCCCAUCUGCCAACCUUUGGCUCCAGCUGGGAUUCGGAUCCUAUUUCUGCCUCUGAACUAAGCAAAAAACCCCAAGGAUAGGUGUUUUGGGGAGCUGACUGGAGAGGUGAGACAGCCGACACUUGUUGCUCGUCUUGUCAGGUAAACCUCCCGUCGGCAGCCAGAAGUACUCAUUGGAAAGUCUGGUGCGCACAUGGCACAGACAAUGCGCUCCUCACACUUCUGACAGUCGCGCUAUUAAUAUGGAGCCACACACUGGAUAAUGAGGCCUACCUACUGAAUGGGUGCUUAACCUACUUCACAUCAAACCUUGUCUGACUGAUAAAGUUUUCUUCUGAAAUCAGAACAAUUUUUUUGGCGGGGAGGGAAACUUUUGGUAGUAAAAAAAAGAAAAGAAAAGCGCAGAGCCAUGCUGGGUUUAAACAGGAUUCUCAGCCUCCGGACAGCCAGGAUUCGGAGCUGUGGUUCGCCGGGAGCCAGACUCUCAUCCCGGUCUCCUUCAUGCCAAAACCCCGGUGCCAGUUCGAGGAUUUACUGUGCGUGUCUGUUGCUGCUGCUGGUGGUGACGCCUCGGGCGGACUCUUCAUGGUGGUACAUUGGUGCACUGGGGGCCCGUGUGAUCUGCGACAACAUCCCAGGCUUGGUCAACAAGCAGCGGCAACUCUGCCAGCGCCACCCAGACAUCAUGCAGGCCAUCGGCGAAGGCACCAAGGAGUGGAUCAGAGAGUGCCAGCACCAGUUCAGACACCAUCGCUGGAACUGUAGUACGCUGGACCGUGACCACACCGUGUUUGGACGUGUCUUGCUACGGAGCAGUCGUGAAGCAGCAUUUGUCUAUGCCAUCUCCUCAGCAGGAGUGGUGUAUGCGCUCACUCGCGCCUGCAGCCAGGGGGAGCUGAAGACGUGUAACUGUGACCCACACAAGCGUGGACGGGCUAGCGAUGAGAGAGGAGAGUUUGACUGGGGUGGCUGUAGUGAUAAUAUCAACUAUGGGAUAAAGUUUGCCAAAGCCUUCAUAGAUGCCAAAGAGAGGACUGUUCGCGAUGCGCGGGCGCUUAUGAACCUUCACAACAAUCGUUGUGGCAGAACAGCAGUGAAGCGAUUCAUGAAGCUGGAGUGUAAAUGUCAUGGCGUGAGCGGCUCUUGCACGCUGCGGACAUGUUGGAUGGCCAUGUCAGACUUCCGGAAGACUGGUGACUACCUGAGGAAGAAAUACAAUGGGGCCAUUGAAGUGACGAUGAAUCAGGACGGGACAGGCUUCGCUGUAGCAAACAAAGCCUUUAGGAAGGCCACCAAGAACGACCUGGUCUACUUUGAGAACUCUCCGGAUUACUGCCUACAAGACAAAUCAGCAGGCUCCCUGGGUACGGCUGGGCGGGUCUGCAAUAAGACAUCACGUGGCACAGAUGGCUGUGAGGUCAUGUGCUGUGGGCGGGGCUACGACACCACAAGAGUCAAGCAAAUCACCAAGUGUGAGUGCAAGUUCAAAUGGUGCUGCGCCGUGGAGUGUAAGGACUGUGAGGAAGCUGUGGACAUUCAUACAUGCAAAGCCCCCAAACGAGCUGAAUGGUUGGACCAGACCUGAGGACACGCCCCAUCCGCCCCCUGUAAUGCAGCCCCACCCCUUUCCCCUUUACAGGACAUCCUGUGGAACAUGGCAUUCUGGGAAAGUUUGUCCGAAAGUGCUCUGCAUCUCCGCCCUCUCCUGCCCCCAUCUCGGUUCAUCAUUGCAUGGCUUUUCUACCUGUCUCUGUGAAAGCACUAGAAUUCAGUACCCAUCAAUAUGAAUUAUUACCCAUUAGCCCCUGUUUGUGAAUGGCCCUGUGACUGAACUGCUGGGAUCAGAUGAUGAACGGUGAAACCAGUGAACACUUUGGGGUUUGGGCGGAUUGGGCUUUUAUCAAAGAUUCAGUCCAGCAGUCUUUUUACUAGUGUGUGGUUCUGGUUUAAAAAUGGUUUGCUGCUUUCAUGAUGCUUUAAAGACACAUUUUUACAUUAACUGAGCCUUCAAACAUAUCCAGUAUUAUUACAACAACAUCAUAUACUCACAUAGUUUUCUUUUUUUGGGGGGGAAAUACACUUUUAUCUACCAAAAACAAAUACUUGGUUGGACUUUGGGAAGUAGCUUGACAAGUGCCCUUUGAGAAGUGGACAUCUAAGCGCAAGCUUGGCUCUGUGUGGCCAAACAGAAGUCCAGGCAGAGGACUACAAGGGAGGACAGGGAGAUGGACACCAAAUGAAUAAAUGGACGGAUGCGUCAUUGGAACUUUGAAUGCAACUGUAAAAAAAAGAAAAGAAAAAAAAAGAAAAAGUUGUUAAACGUGAUUUAUUUAAAUUGUAAAGUGUUGCUUCAUUUCUCAUCUGCGGAUGAGACUGCACUACAUUGGCUGACACGAUGAGAGAGAAAAGCACUCCCAUUAUUAUACAGUGUACUCUAGUUUUCAGUGUGUAAGACGACGAACUGCUGCUGACAAGUAGAAGAAGAAGAAGAAGAAGAAGAAGAAGAAGAAGAAGGAGGAGGCUUGGACGGUCAUUAAGUCACACAUAACCACAGCAUCAGACAGAUUUGACUUCUCUGCUCUCCAGCUUGCUUGUAUAACAUUGUGUAUAUUACCUUAUCUAAACAGAUGUUCAUAUGAAAUAUAUGGUGCAUUAGUAUGA